AUGCACGCCCGCGCCACCAUCUCCGGCACCACGAUCGCCGACACAGACUCCUUCGAGUUCGUCGAGGGUAACGUCUACUUCCCAGUCUCAUCCGUGGUCGACCGCGAGAAGACGCUGACUCCCGGUUCCCGAACUUCUCACUGUCCUUGGAAGGGCGACGGGAAGUAUUAUGACUUGCAUGUCAAUGGGCAGACGAUAGCAAAUGCGGCGUGGUAUUAUCCGGCGCCGUAUGAGAAGGCGAAGAUGAUUAAAGAUUGUGUUGCGUUCGACAAGAGUAAAGUGACUGUUGGGAAGGACUAA